AUGGCACCAGAAUCCAGAGAACAUAAUCUAAGGAUUAAAAAGCCUAAGGGGUUGUGGCUGAGAAGAUGGAGCCGCCAGCCGGCAGGAACCCCGUUGUCCCGGGCAUUUGCUGACCUUAUUCCCAGAGUGUCCCAGGAGAAUGAUAUAUUAGAUUUCCUGGGGAAGAGACCACAUCGUAAGCACCCAGGGGUCUUACAUUUGUCCCAAGUGCAGCUGCCACAAGCCCUGGUCACCGCAGCCCAACGACUCGUGCAAGAAAGCUCUAUACCCAACAUAGAGAAGCAGGUUCAGACACUCACCAACUAUCUCUGGAGUCGAAAGCUUCCUACAGAACCUGAGGAGCUACGCAAAAAAGCAAUACAGCUGGAAAAUAAACUCCAGGAUACAGGGUCAUUACAGUCAGAGAAACAGCUUCGUGGAGCUGUGUUGAGUGCCCUACGCAAAACUAUUUACCUUUGGCAAAAACUGAGCUAUGAUGAAAGGUUGAGCCUAGUAUACAUGGCAGCACGACUAGAUGGUGGCUUUGCAGCUGUUUCCAGAGCUUUCCACGAGAUCCGAGCUCGUGUUCCAGACUUUAAGCCACAAACUUUGAUGGAUUUUGGCUCAGGCACUGGUUCUGUUACUUGGGCUGCUUAUGAUACCUGGGGCCAGAGCCUUCAUGAAUAUUUGUGCGUGGAUAGCUCAACUUCCAUGUUGGCCUUGGCAGAAAGGCUUCUGAAAGGUGGCUUAGAUUCUGGGAAACCCCAUAUUCCAGGAGUCUUUUUUAGACAGUUUCUCCCAGUCUCACCAAAGAUACAAUUUGAUGUGGUGGUGUCUGCUUUCUCCCUAAGUGAAUUACCCAGCACGGCUGAUCAAACCGAAGUCAUCCAAACUUUAUGGCGUAAGACAGGCCAGUUCUUGGUUUUGGUGGAGAAUGGAACAAAAACUGGACAUCAUAUCCUCAUGGAUGCCAGGGACCUAGUCCUUAGGGGACCAGAGAAAUCUCCCAUAGACCAUCGACCUGGACAUGUCUUCGCUCCAUGUCCCCAUGAACUUCCCUGCCCCAAGCUAGCUGCUUCCCCACCCCAGGCCUGCAGCUUCUCCCAAGCAUACAGCACCAUCCCUUUUGGUUGGAACCAUAGUCAUAAGGAGGAGAAGUUCUCUCUGGUUAUACUAAGCCGGGACCUUCAAGGGGAGGAUCAUCGAUGGGCCCGUCUCACCCAGCCUGUCCUUAAACGGACACGCCACGUACAUUGUCACUUGUGCUGCCCUGAUGGGCAUCUCCAACAUGUGGUUACUGCCCGACAACAUGGCAGACACUUAUAUCGCUGUGCUCGUGCUAGUACCUGGGGAGAUUGCUUGCCUUUGACCACUUCACCUGAAUUUCCUCCAUCCCCUGUUCAAGAUCCUUCUGAUGACUGACAAGAGAUCUUAGGAAUGGUUGGCUGACACCUCCCCGGUUUUGCCUUCCUUGCCAAAAACAAUGCAUCCCAAGGAUUCAUGAUAGGGGUGCCAAGUACCCUCUGACUUUUUAAUUGAAUUGUUUUAUUUUUUUUAAAAUAGAAAAAAAGAAUUAGUGUUAUGCUUAGCA